CUGAUAGACCUUUUUUGCGCAUGCGUGGCAGUUGUCAACAAAACUACGGGUUCUAAACAUGUCUAAACACGUGUUAAUGGAUACGUAACCUUAAAAUAUGGUACGGUUUAAAAACAGGUAUUUCACCCUGGAGGUAACAGCAGUUAACAAUCCAAACAAGCCUCUGGUUUUAAAUGAGACAGCAUUGCAUCAUGCAAUUCAGAAUAAAAUCCAUCAACUUUACGGGGACUUGGGUCAAGCAUCCAUAAAAGCUGGAUUUAAUGCUAAAUAUUGCAACACACAAACAGGAAUAGCUCUAGUAAAAGUUAGACAUGGACCCCACAAAUUUCUUCUCACUUCUAUUCCAAAGAUAAACGAUAUUAAUGGACGAACUGUGAAUGUUAAUAUUUUAUACGUCGGAGCCACUCUCAAACAUUGCUUUUUAUUUGUUAAGUUUAAUCGGUUUUCCAGAAACAUCAACAGAAAAGGCUGGGUGAUAUUUGGAAGAGUUUAAAGACUGAUGAUCAAAGAAAACAGAUGGAGGAGAUUUUCAUGACACUGACACCAGCCAUGAAGGACUUUAAAUAAUUGAUUAACAUUUUUUAUCCAUAAUUCUAGUUUUUGUACGUAUUUUAAUCUCUAAAUAUUUUUUUUUUUUCAAGUACAAUAUUUCAAUGAAAACAUGAUCUUUUUUUAACAGUUAUAGAUAAACGAAGGAUCUUUUCUUGCUUGAUUAUAAGCCAAUCUAUUGAGAUUACUACGUUUUUAAAGUAUGAAAAGUAAUAAUCUAAAAAAUCGCACAUUUUAAAAAAUUUGGAAUUUUAAAACAACGAAUAUUAAGCUUAGUGUUUCUAUUUUAAAAGUUUUUCUACGGUUGAAAUUAAAUCCACUUUCUCAUUAACCAUUUCAUUGACCAAAAGCAGAAUACAAAAAAGCUCCCAAAUCUGAAGUAUCUAUCCAUCUACCUCCUUUCUGCCUCACAAUUUAAUGAUAAAGAGUCAAUGAAACGAGUUGUUUAUUUUUUCUUCAAGCACAUCAAUACUUGAAUGUAAAUAAUUAUCAUUGUUAAUCAUUUAAAUUUGAUACUUACUCUGCUAUUUUAAUUUUUUAUGUGCAUUUGAAUUUCGUAACAUUUUAUAUUCCUCUGCAAAUUUCUAUGGCUCAUAAGUGUACACGGGACGCCCUUGAUUUAAAUCAGGAAUUUAAGAAAAUGUAUUUCGAUCAGAUAAUUAUUCAGUACUCACCUAUUUUAAUUUAUAUACAAUUUCUGAAAUCUAGAGCAGUCUUAAAAAAAGUAUAUAUUUUUGAGAACCACUCCAGAAUUGAAAAUUUAACAUUGAAUUGCUCGAAAACAAUUUAAAAAUAUAAACUUUAAAAUAUACAUUUUUUGUUUUUGUUUUUAGAAAUAUUUCUUCUCUGUUCCAAUUUCUAUUGUUGCCAAAAUUCUUUCUCAGUUUUAAUUUCUGAUCACGUUAUUUUGACAUAGAGGAUUACACAAACAAUACCUCAUAGUAUAUAUUUCAAACUAUUGAAUUCUUACGUAUUAUUAAUAAUAAUAUACACGUGCUCGCUGCGUAUGCGUUCUUUUAGCAGCAUGACUUUGCUUAGUAGAAAAUUUUUUUUAUUCCUCUUUUUACAUUCUCAUAUUGAUGAGAAGGUAUUGGUUUUAUGUGAAAUUGGACUUAAUCGGUUUUUAUCAAAUCUCUACGUUUUGAGACCCCCUGAGUCAGAAUUUUUUACGAAAGUGUCUAUUUGGAUUCUGGAGGCACGAUAACUUUCGAAAAAAUCAUCAGAUUGGAUUGAGCUGUGGCACAGUUUUUUAAGGCCUGAAAGAAAAGGCCAGAUAUUUUAGAUAAAAAUUCAAAAAUUAAAAAUAUUUUAUAAAUUUUUGAAACCAAUUUUUUUAGGAUUUGAUCACUCAAACAA